AUGCCUGGCGCUGCAGCCGGCCGCCGGGGCGAAGGCGGCUCCUGGGGAGAAGGGCCGCCGGGCGCCUCCACGUGGGACGUGCGUCUCCCACAGCCCUGCCAGGGGGCGGCCCACCCCGGGGCCACGGAGCAGGCCAAGCCGCGGCGCAAAGCCCGGCCCACGCGCUCCAAGGCCCGCCGCGUGGCAGCCAAUGUCCGCGAGCGCCGGAGGAUCCUGGAUUACAACCAAGCCUUCAACGCCCUGCGGCUGGCCCUCCGGCACGACCUGGCGGGCAAGCGGCUCUCCAAGAUCGCCACGCUGCGCCGGGCCAUCCACCGGAUCGCCUCGCUCUCCAGGUCGCUGCGCUCCGCCCCCCCGGCCCGGUGGCCCUGUGCCCACGCCGAGUGCCGCUGCAGCGGCGACCCGCCCGGCCUGUUCCCGCUGCCGCAGGAGCCCAGCUGUGCGAAGGCACCCCCGCUUCCGGGCCCCCCCGAAGCGUCGCUCCAGCGCCUCCACGAAAGCCCCCAAGAGGGCAGUUGCCCUCCUGGGCUGGCUUAUCACCCCGGGGGCAGCAGGCCCCCCCUGGGCCAGGCCGCCUGCCACCAAAGACGCAUGGCCGACCUCCGAAGCCGUCACCCCGGGCCUCUCCCUUGGGAAUAUGGAAUUUUCUAA